AACGCGCUUCUAUCCUCUUUUCGACUUCAACUCUUCGCCCUUUCUCCCCAACAUCGCCACAACCCCCCCCUCAUCGACAUUUUACAUCUUUCAUCUCUUACCCUUAACCUUACCAUUCCUUAUUCAAGAUGGCGACUACUCGAAAUGGGAACGCCAACAAUGGCGUAGAUAGCGAAGCUCCUCCCGCGCCGAUUAGCAAACGAUUUGCCGAUAUUCCUAGCGCUAUCGAUAUCCCCGUCCAAGGCGACCAAGAAGACGAAGCCGUGGAGAUUGACUUGGAGGACCUGGUAGAUGAUCCGACAGAACUCUGCACGCUAUUCGAGAAUGAAAGGGCCGCGCGCACCUAUUGGAUGACCGUGUCCCUCGCAUACGCGAAGCAGAAGAAGAUCGAUCAUGCUAUCGAGAUGCUCAACCGUGGCGGAAAUGCCAUGCAAGACAACAAUCCAAAAGAGAAGCUCAGCAUAGUGACUUGCCUCUGUUGGAUGUACCUCUGGAAAAGCCGCGAAGCUCCUCGUGUAGCGCCUGAUGGCGUCCCUGCAUCCGAAGCCAAGACGAAGGAUUACUACCUCCAAUUGGCCACUUCCUCUCUCAACGACGCGUCGCGUAUAAGCCCGGCCUUCCCCCCGCUAUUUCUAGCCCGAGGUGUACUCCAGCUUCUCAAAGCUUCACUACAAGCACCUUCCAAAGCCCCGGGUGCUGGUCUUGUCGAUCAGGACAAGGCUAAUUUACUGAAAGAUGCCUUGAAGUUCUUCGAUCAAGCGAGUAAAGUUUCGCAGGGCAAGAACAUGCUGGCACUUUUAGGCCGAGCGAGAGCGUUGUUUGGAUUAGGCAACUACAAGGAGUCUCUAGAGACAUAUCAGAAUGUUUUGAGAAAAAUGCCGGAUUUGGUUGACCCGGAUCCUCGAAUCGGCAUCGGAUGCUGCUUCUGGCAACUGAGACAUAAGGAGGAUGCGAAACAAGCUUGGGAGAGAUGCCUGGAGAUUAAUCCCGAAUCUAAGACUGCCAACAUUCUCCUCGGUCUGUAUUACCUUGAUGCUAGCGGUCGUGUUCCUACGAAUAGCCCUGAGUUUAUUCGACUAUACAAGAAGGCUAUGACUGAGUACACACAAAAGUCCUUCAAGGCCGACAAGAACCAGCCCUUGACUUGUGUCACCUUUGCUAGUUAUUUCUUGUCUAGCAAAAGUCUCUCGCACGUCGACUCACUCGCCAAUAAGGCCAUUCAGUUCACCGACGUAAAUGCACUUGCAAGCGAUGGCUGGUAUCUGCUUGCUCGAAAGGAGCAUUUUAGUGGUAACGUUGAAAAGGCCGCGGAUUACUAUCGCCGCGCAGAUGAAGCAAGAGGUGGACUCGAGAAGGGCUACCUACCAGCCAAAUUUGGCGUUGCUCAACUUUCUGUUUUGAACAACGACUUAGGGGAGGCUAAACUUCGUCUGGAGAAGAUCAUCCAAUCGGCUAAUAAGAACGAACGAAACUACGAGGCCAUGAUUCUCUUGGGCACUCUGUAUGCCGAAGAGGUCUUCACGAAUCAGAUGGCUGCCUCUAGCGAGAAUAAGAGUGCCGAGUUGCGGAAAGCGAUAGAAUACCUGGAGCAUGUCCGCACAGCUUGGAAAGAUCCCAAAAAGAACCUCUCCCCCGAUUCCGCGAUUUUAUUGAACCUUGCUCGCCUCUACGAGGGUGACCACCCCGAGAAGGCGCUUGAAUGUCUCUUGCAAGUUGAGCAGAUCGAGUUGGAUCAAAUCCCAUCUUCAGAAUAUCCAACCGGAAUCGAGGACGAGACAGCUCUACGGAAUGCUUUGCGAAAGAAUCUCCCACCCCAGCUCCUGAACAACAUCGGAUGCUUCUAUUCUCAAGCCGAGAAACACGAGCUUGCGAGCCAACUGUUUGAAGCCGCCCUGAGCUCCUGUAUGCGGAUUGGCGAAAAGGACGAGGACAACGAUAUAGAUGCUUUGGUCACUACCAUCAGCUUCAACCUCGGUAGAAGUUAUGAGUCACAGGGCCUCACUGAUCAAGCUGUCGAGGUCUAUGAAAAGUUAGUGGCCCGCCAUGAUGAUUACACUGAAGCCAAGGCUCGUCUAGCAUAUAUCAAGCUACGCAAGACACCAAUUAAGGAAGGUCCGGAUGCGGUUACAAAGUUAUACGAGGAGAACAAAUCUGACCUCGAGGUUCGCGCCUUGUAUGGUUGGUAUCUCGGACGAAAGGGUUCACGAAGAAAGUUGGGUAAUGUCAACGAGGACCCUGAGCUGAGGCACCACAAGCACUCUCUUCAGCAUCACAACAAACACGACCGGUAUGCACUCGUCGCUAUGGGUAAUUUGUACAUGAUGGCAGCACGUGAAAUGCGCCGAGAGACAGAGCAAGAAAAGCAAAAGCGGUCGGCUGCGUACACGCGCGCUGUGGAGUUCUUUGAUAAGGCGAUACAGCUGGAUCCGAAGAAUGCCUUUGCUGCUCAAGGUAUCGCUAUCGCCCUUGUUGAGGAUAAGAAAGAUUACAAGUCUGCGCUACCUAUAUUCCUAAAGGUGCGGGAGACAAUCAAGGAUGCAAAUGUGUAUGUCAAUAUUGGGCAUAUAUACGCAGAGUUACGACAGUUCUCUAAAGCUAUCGAGAGCUACGAGACUGCAAUGUCGAAGGAGAGUAGAAUGGACGAUCCGAGUAUCUUGGCAUGCCUCGGCCGUACGUGGUUGAACAGGGGUAGGCAUGAGCGAAGUCUGGAUGCUUACAGAACAGCCUUAAGCUACGCCAAGAAGGCCCUCGAAGUGUCCCCAGAUCAGAUCCACUUCAAAUUCAACGUGGCAUUCGUUCAGAUUCAGCAAGUUCAACAUAUCAUGAACGUACCUGAGACCCAACGUACGCUAGCUGAGCUCGAAGAAGCUUCUGAAGGUCUCGAGGCCGCUAUCGUGGCUCUUGAUGAGAUUGCCACCAACCCACAACCACCGUACCCCAAGGCAGACCUGGAGCAGCGAGCCAACAUGGCUCGCAACACCCAGCGCAAGCAGCUUGGCCGCCAAAUUGAGAGCCAGAGAGAGUACGAGGAAAAGAAUAAAGAGAAGCUUGCUGCAGCCCUAGAGCAAAGACAAGCUGAAUUGAAGCGCCGUGAAGAGGAGCGCCAGAAGGCUCUCGAUUUAGAGCGGGAGAGGCGAGAAAAAAUCCGCAAGGAACGCGAAGAGAUAGCGGCCCGCGACAGAGAAAUGGCCGACAAGCGAGACCAGGAGGAGAAAUCGCGCCAAGAGGCUGAUCUGGUUACCGACUCUGAAACGGGUGAAAAGGUUAAGCGGAAGAGAAAGCCUAAGCCGAAGUCAAGUGGCGAGCCCAGGUCAAAAGGACGUUCGCGCAAAAAGAAGACGACGGAGGGCGAUGAGUCAGAGUCGGAAGAAGAACGUCAACCGAAGAAGAAGCGAAAGCUCGCUUCCAAGAAAGAUAGCAACAAGUACAAGUCUGCGGAGAUCGUGGUGGAUAGCUCUGACGAGGACGAUGAUGCCUUGGAUCGUGCUGAUAGAGCCAUUGAGAAUCAUCGCUCACCUCGGUCAGAUGCGGAUGAUGCAUCAAGAGCUGGCUACGACCGAGACGUAAUGGAAGUGGACAAUGCAGCUGGCCAGGACGACGAUGAAGACGAAGACGAGGAGGAGACGACUAGCCGUGUACCAAGUAAGCGUGCUCGACGUGGCGGUAGAGUUCUCGAUGAUAGUGACGAGGACGAAGACGUCGAAGUUCCAAACAAAGAGGCCAAUGGCGGAUCGGAUGCAGAAAACGGGGAACCUGCUGGCGCUGCAGACACAAGCAUGGCAGACGCUGCUGACGAAGAUGAAGACGACUAAUGGGGUCAGUUUCUAUGAAAGAAUAAAUUUUGCUAAGCGGCUGGGGAUGGACUGGCUCUAAAUACUUGUGCUAUAGGCUCCUCUUUCCAGGGGAAAAUAAUCAAUUACAUGAUAUUCGGCAUUGGCUUAUGUAGAUUAUGCAUACAUAUUCCAUGCUGCACGAAUAGGAAUGACAUACAUAGCACUAAGGU